UCGGCUGGAAUUUAAUUUAAAAAAGUGAUUUUAAAGCCUGCCUGGACUGACCGGGGGGGAAUGUUUUUAAUGUGACACAAGGGUGAAGUUGAAGGGGAACAUGGCAGCUGGUAUCAGUGUUAAACAUGGAUUAUUAAGCAGUAAAACGUCGCUGUUUCACGCUCUGCAGAGGAGGAUUUCACCCGGCAGAGUUUGUUUACAAAGAGCGGCGGAUAUUCAGGUUGUGAGAGAUUUAACCAGCGCGACAACAGACUCACAAUCUAAUGAGAAGUACUGCCUGGACCUGGUCAGGUCCAGAGACUAUGACGGCUUCGUGUCCUCCCUGCUCCUCCCAGAGGAGGCGCGGCGCUCCUCUUUGGCUCUGAGAGCCUUUAAUGUGGAGCUGGCUCAGGUGAAGGACUCCGUUUCCCAGAAGACCAUUGGUUUGAUGCGGAUGCAGUUCUGGAAGGCGGCGAUAGAAGAAAUCUACAGAGACGAACCUCCCAAACAGCCGGUCAGCUCCGAGCUCUGGAGGGCGGUGAGGAAACAUUCCCUGUCGAAGCGCUGGCUGCUGAGGAUCAUCACAGAGAGAGAGAAGGAUAUGGAGGACCGGGCCUACAGGAACCUGCAGGAGUUGGAGAAAUACUCAGAGAACACACAGUCCUCCUUAAUCUACCUGCUGCUGGAGAGUUUAGGUAUCAGAAGCGUCCAUGCAGACCACGCAGCGAGUCACAUCGGUAAAGCUGUGGGCAUCGUCACCUGUCUGAGGGCCACGCCCUACCACAGCAGCAGGAGGAGGGUCUACCUGCCCAUGGACCUCUGCAUGCUGCACGGAGCGUCUCAGGAGGAUUUCAUCCGCGGCAGCCGGGAGCAGCACGUCCGCGACGUCACGUACGACAUCGCCAGCCAGGCUCACGUUCAUCUACAACACGCGCGAUCCUUCAGCAACAGCGUCCCAGCAGCCGCCAACGUGGCCUUCCUGCAGACGGUGGUGUUGGAGGACUACCUGCAGCGAGUCAGGAGGGCCGACUUUGAUGUUUUCCACCCGAGUCUGAAGAAAAGGAACCCGCUCAUCCCCAUCCAGCUCUACCUCCGCUCCUGGAAGAAGACCUACUGACACCAGAGCUGCUCCUCCUCCUCCUCCUCCUCCUCCUCCUCCUGCAGGACUGGAGCUCUGACCCUGAAGACCACACUGUACCAGGUCCACAGAGACCCCAGACUUGUUUUGAACCACUGAAUUUUGCCUCUUUAAUAAAAGAAACACGCACACUAUGAGAGACACCGCCCGUCGUUCCUCCACACCAGCUCCACUCCUUUAAAGCUUUCAGGCUCUUUGUUUGAGACGAGUGGUUCAGAAUAUACUGGAGAUCCUAGUGAGCAUCUUUUCAUCCAGAUACCUCCAGACAACUUCUUUUGUACGAUCAAGUGCAGCGGCACCUGCAGAAACACCUUCACCAGUUUGGCACCACUUGUUAAUGUGCAGCAUUUAGAAAUAGAGCUGCAAAGUCACAACAGAAACUGUCUCCUGAGGACACUAAGUAUUGAUUACAAAUUAUUAUAUAUUAUUAGAAGAGUUGGAUAUCGGCUGCAAAGAUUGAGCCUCCUGCAGGUUUAUUUUCACGUUAUGUGGCCCAAUAAAUAUGUGCAGUAGUAGUUGAUGACAUCACAGAUUUUUAAAUCACUUUUCUCAGCCUCGAGGAAAAUUUUAAAACCAAAAAAUGCACGAUAGAAAGAGUCAUAGGUCUCUUCCUCAUCUGCAGGGUGUUUCUCUCUCAUAGGGUUUUUGGACCGGGAGCCGGAUCAGAGCCGGUUCUCUUCUGGUUCGCAGUCAGUUCAACUUGUGAACCAGUUCCCAACCUGUUUGCUUUCCCGCUCCAGGCUCAGUAGCCACGUCAUCACGUCACUGCUAACAUCUGUACACGUCUCCUUCCUCUCAGCCAGAAUAACAACAGACCACAUGUCUCUACAACACAUCUGUGCUGCUCAUCUUCAUCACUAUGGCAACCAAUACAUUCUGAUAAACACUCAACUAUCAUGUUAAUGUUGGACUUUGUUGUAAGCUUGUUGUGGGCUAGCAUUAGCCCGCUAGCCCAUAUAAGUCACAUUGCAGUUAAACAAACAAAUAAAUUAAUGAUACAUGUUUUAGUUGGUCUCUCUUCAACGGCACUGAGUUGGUCUUGGUCUUGCUAGCCGCUAAUGCUAGCACGCUAUCGAUCUUUGGCUAACGCUAGCACGCUAUGAUCGCCGCUAAUGCUAGCACAGUAUUGAUCGGCAGCUAACAUUGGCAUGAUAUUGAUCGGCCUCUAACGUUAGCAUGCUGUCCAUCGGCUGCUAAUGUGCUAAUGUUAGCGGCCGAUCGACAGUCUGAAUCAAUCCCAAUACAGUUAAACAAAUCAAAUAAAUGAAUGAUACAUGUUCUAGUUGGUCUCUCUCAACGGCACCGUGUUGGUCUUGGUCUUGCUAGCCCGCUAACGCUAGCACUCUAUCGAUCGGCCGCUAAUGUUCACAAAAUCCACGGUUAGGUUG